UUAUCAUGAGUGAAAGCCCUGCAUAUGAUAGCCAUGGACCAUGGACCUACAUAUGUGCGUAGUAUGUAUUAUGGUGCAGCAGCAUCCGUCUCAAUGUACUACGCAGUAUAAAGCGCCUCUGUUUUCUUAAUUUUCUUUUUCCAACGUGUAAUCGCUAUAAGUACCUACCUAUGUAGGUAUAUAAUAUAUUCGCAAUAUUUACUCUGUAUAUUGGUUUCCACCUCGUAUACCAUCCUACAAGAGAAUAACUAAGUACCUAGUAGUAUAGAAACCUAAUAGACCGUGUUGACUUAGCGUUGGCUCAACAUUGGCCCAACAUGUCCGUAACUGUUGCUCCUGUCAAGUGCGACGAUAAAAGGGAUGAACAGCAAUACAAGUCGGCCUGGUUUCAAUUUAUCAAGUCUGUGGCAACUUUCAAAGGAGACCUUACUUCGUUAACUGCGCCGCCGUUCUUACUCGCACCUCAAUCCAUCGUCGAAUAUAGCACAUACUGGGCUGAGCAUCCGAGUCUCCUUGUAUCGCCUGCGAGAGAACAAUGCGCGCAGAAGCGAGCUUUGCGAGUCCUUCAGUGGUUUUUAAGCACCCUAAGAAACCAACACGCGAGCAAAGACGAAAAUGGCAAGAGGAAGAAGAUGAAGCCCCUAAAUCCAUUUUUAGGGGAGAUCUUCUUAGGGAAGUGGUUGGACGACGCGGGGACCACGCACUUGGUGACCGAGCAAGUUUCCCAUCACCCUCCGGCAACAGCGUUCAAGAUAUGGAACGAUACUCAUGGGGUCAAGCUCGAGGGUUCUGUCGCCCCGAAAGCCUACUUCUCGUCCACUAUAAAUAUAGAACGAAAGGGGUAUAGCGUACUGCACAUUGAUAAGUACGACGAGGACUACUGGAUUACGAUGCCAAAGGUCCAUGUCGAAGGCAUCGUGACACUGCAAAUUGCCCCUGAGCUCAAUGGGGUGUCAUACAUCCGCGGUUCCUCAGGCUACACGUCACGCAUCAACUACUCGAGUAAGGGCUGGAUUAGGGGGAAAAGCAACACUUUCACGGCCACCAUAUACCGAGAUAACGACGAGAAAAACCCCAUAUACGUCCUAGAAGGUCGAUGGUGCGACCUAUAUACUAUCAAGGAUGGCGAGGGGAAGUUGGUGGACACAGUCAACCUCGCUUCGUUGCAGAGGACGCCACUCCAGGUUGCGCCAAUUGAGUCACAACAUCCCCUCGAGUCGAGAAGAGCGUGGAAGCAUGUCGUCAACGCUAUCCACGCGAAUGAUAUCUUCGCUGUGGGGCACGAGAAGAGCAAAAUCGAGAACGCGCAGCGCGUAUUACGCAAACGAGAGAAAGACGCGGGCGAGACGUGGAGGAGACGAUACUUCACACAGGCUAAGGAAGACCCCAUAGCCGAGAAGCUGUCGAUCAAGAAUAAGACUACGACCGGGGAAGAGCGUGAUAGAAUGAUCUGGAAGUUCGACGAUGAAAAGUAUAAAAGGAUCUUAGACGAUCAGCGGAAUGGAAUCAAGAGCCCUACCCAUUCCCGUUUUGAUUCGGGGGUCGGGUUCUUAGAGUUUGAGACAUAGAUCAAGAUGCUGACGACUCUAUAAGAUAGACCAACGGACCUCCUAUUAGGUGGUGUUCUAGUACCUCCAGGGCUAUGUAUGAGAAGAAAUGAGAUUCGGUGGCGCCGAUUUAAGCCGGUUAAGAAAACGGGUAGAACAAUGAUAA